GUAUAUAUGUAUGUAUGUGCGCGCGGGCGGUGCAUUGCACGUGUGUAUGCGGGUGUGGUCCCAGCCGGACUUCACGAAUUCUGACCUGGCUUUCCUCUCACCUUGUUGCAUUCCGCAAUCGCAAUCGGUAGUAACCGCAGCCACGAGGAGCUCGGAGGAUUCUGGGAAGCAUUUAUGUUUGUUUGUAACCAUGGGAAAAGUUCCUCUCGGUCCUAGAGGGAUCCGUGUUCAUUCACCGUCUGGGUUUGAAUGCAGUCCCUGGCUACUGAAAUCGAGUAAAACCGAAAAGUAAACAACACUAAGUAGGUUCUCGAAACUGUUGUUUCAAAUUGCUCACAUUUUCCAGUUGGAAUCCGUGAUGCAUGAUUCUUCUCUAAAAAUAUUUAGAAUUUUGGAUUUUAGUAAUAAGAGAUUGACAGCUUAUUGCGAGUUUUAGAAACUCUUCUUUAGGAGCUUUGGAUCCCAGUUCCCGCGUGCGGUGAGAUAGUUUGCCUCCGCCCGGCCACCGUCCGUGUCAGCGUUCAGCUUAUUUUGUCCUCCGGCCGCCGCCGUUUCAGGUUACUCACCCAUCCGAGUUGUGAGGGAGAGGUGUCUGUUUCGGGGAAGCCGGCUUGUGUUGCCGGCGCCAUGGAGUCGCCUUUUAGUCCGGUUCUUCCUCAUGGACCAGAUGAAGACUGGGAGUCGACGUUGUUUGCUGAACUUGGCUAUUUCACAGACACUGAUGAUGUGCACUUUGAUGCAGCACAUGAGGCUUAUGAAAAUAAUUUUGAUCAUCUUAAUUUUGAUUUGGAUUUGAUGCCUUGGGAGUCAGACCUAUGGAGCCCCGGCAGCCACUUCUGCUCAGACAUGAAGGCAGAGCCCCAGCCUCUUUCUCCGGCUUCCUCCAGUUGCUCCAUCUCCUCUCCUCGGUCCACAGACUCGUGUUCUUCAACUCAGCACGUUCCUGAGGAGUUGGAUUUGUUGUCUAGUUCUCAGUCCCCCCUUUCCUUAUAUGGCGACAGCUGUAAUAGCCCCUCCUCUGUAGAGCCACUGAAGGAAGAGAAGCCUGUCACUGGUCCUGGAAACAAAACAGAACAUGGACUGACUCCAAAGAAAAAAAUUCAGAUGAGUUCAAAACCUUCAGUUCAGCCCAAGCCUUUAUUACUUCCAGCAGCGCCCAAGACUCAAACCAAUGCCAGUGUCCCAGCAAAAGCCAUCAUCAUUCAGACACUACCAGCCCUUAUGCCACUGGCAAAGCAGCAGUCGAUUAUCAGCAUACAGCCUGCGCCCACCAAAGGCCAGACUGUUUUGCUCUCUCAGCCGACUGUGGUUCAACUUCAGAGCCCUGCGGUUCUGUCGUCUGCUCAGCCGGUUCUUGCAGUCACUGGGGGAGCCGCACAGCUACCUAACCAUGUGGUGAAUGUGCUGCCAGCCCCUGUGGUGAGCAGCCCGGUGAAUGGAAAACUUUCCGUGACUAAACCUGUUCUACAAAGUGCCACCAGAAGUAUGGGUUCGGAUAUCGCUGUGCUGAGGAGACAGCAGCGGAUGAUAAAGAACCGAGAGUCUGCUUGUCAGUCGCGCAAGAAGAAGAAAGAGUAUAUGCUAGGACUGGAGGCCAGGCUCAAGGCUGCCCUCUCAGAGAAUGAGCAGCUGAAGAAGGAGAAUGGCUCCCUGAAGCGACAGCUGGACGAGGUGGUGUCAGAGAACCAGAGGCUCAAAGUCCCAAGUCCAAAGCGAAGAGCUGUCUGUGUGAUGAUAGUAUUAGCAUUUAUAAUGCUGAACUAUGGGCCCAUGAGCAUGCUGGAGCAAGAAUCCCGAAGAGUGAAACCUAGUGUGAGCCCUGCCAAUCAGAGGAGGCAUCUCUUGGAAUUUUCAGCAAAAGAAGUUAAAGACACAUCAGAUGGUGACAACCAGAAAGACAGUUACAGCUAUGAUCACUCUGUGUCCAAUGACAAAGCUUUAAUGGUGCUAAGUGAAGAGCCAUUGCUUUAUAUGCCUCCACCUCCAUGUCAACCCCUGAUUAACACAACAGAGUCUCUCAGGUUGAACCAUGAACUUCGAGGCUGGGUUCAUAGACAUGAAGUGGAAAGGACCAAAUCUAGAAGAAUGACAAAUAGCCAACAGAAAGCCCGCAUUCUCCAGGGUGCUCUGGAACAGGGCUCUAAUUCUCAGCUGAUGGCUGUCCAGUACACAGAAACCACUAGCAUCAGUAGGAAUUCUGGGAGUGAGCUGCAAGUGUAUUACGCCUCCCCUGGAAGUUACCAAGGCUUCUUUGACGCCAUCCGCAGGAGGGGAGAUACGUUUUACGUUGUCUCAUUUCGAAGGGAUCAUCUGCUAUUACCAGCUACCACCCACAACAAGACCACAAGACCAAAAAUGUCAAUUGUAUUACCAGCAAUAAACAUAAAUGAUAAUGUGAUCAAUGGGCAGGACUAUGAAGUAAUGAUGCAGAUUGACUGUCAGGUGAUGGACACCAGGAUCCUCCACAUCAAAAGCUCCUCGGUUCCCCCUUAUCUCCGGGAUCAUCAGCGGAACCAAACCAGCACCUUCUUUGGUUCCCCUCCAACAACCACAGAGACGACCCAUGUGGUCAGCACCAUCCCUGAGUCGUUGCAGUAGUGCCCGAGCUGCGCUGGACAGCAGAGACUGAAGAGCUGGUGAAGAUGCUGCUCUCUGCCUCUUCGGCAAGCAGAGACUUGCCUUGUACGCAACUCCAGGGGAAGAGGAAGAGAGAACAGGAAGUGCGCUGCUUGUCACCGUCCACCCAGUGGGGUGGAACAUGCUAGCGAGCAAUUCUCUGGUGGCAGUGCAGCCCUGUGGGCAGUGUCGCCUGGUGUUGGUUCUGCUGUGUCAUCUUUAGUGCUUUUCUCAAUGUGUGUUUGGUUCUCAGUUAUCUUCCUUCAGGUCAGACCCACUUCCUCUUCUGUCCACUGCACUUCCUGGUGCAGUAAAGAGAUUUGUAUUUAAAGCUUUAGAACACAUGCUCAUGUGGUUUCCACCAAUUGGCUUUCUCUCUCCUUUGGUUCAAAUCCAUUCUGAAUGUUAUACUUGAGAAAACACAUUUCAAAAAACCGAGCAGCCAAAAACAUCCCACAAAGAGUCAAAACAGUUUAGAGUUUGGGUAAAGGGAUUAUCUCCAGUUGGUAAGAGUUUAUUUUUACUUGUGAUUUGUGGUUCAGCCCUGGACAAAUAACUGUUGUGGGGGUCACAGAGUGAGCCACACACUGGAGACAAGGGAAGGGAAGGCCAGUGGUGGAAUGUAAGGGGAAGUGACUCCAUUUUCAUAUGUAUUUAAACACAGAGUUCCUGUGGCCUCGGUAAGCUCAGAGCUAUAGCCACCCUCAGUGUUGGAACUCGGCUAAUCAGCAGAGAUCUUCAAAGAUCUCAGGGCACAUGCUUGCCUCUCAUUGUGGACCCUCAGCCCAGAGCAUACUCCUGUGAAACCAGACUCAGCAAAGGGACUUGGAGGUCACUAGGCUUAAGCAAGACUAGAGAGUUUCCCUUAAGGACCAACAGUGCACAGAGCAAGCAUGGCUUCCCAGAGAAGCUGCAGCACAGUAUGGUGAAGUUCUCAGUUUUUCCAGUGGAAAGAUGAUAAAGGAAUUAAGCUCUCUUUGUUGUUGCUAUGGCUGUGAACAUGGCUUUAAUCCUAGCACCAUUUGGAAGGAAAGGCAGGCUUUGUUUGAUAUCAGCCUGGCCUACAUUUCAAAUUCCAGGACAGGACAGCUAAAGCUAUAUAAAGAACCCACCUCAAAAAAUAGAUGAAUGAAUAAAUGAGUAAAUAAACAAAUACAAACAAAAAGCAAAGUUAUGUUCACAUAUAUUUUAUUGUAUUUUGCCUGCUUCCUUCACCAUAGCAAGCAGCCACAUUUCUAUUGCACUGUACAUUGUACGUUACAAGUUCACAGAAAUGGAUGCCAGGACUCAUGUCAGUCAUGUGCUGCCUCCCUUCCCAGGAUUUCAGCAGGUUCUCAUAGACUCUUCCCAGCUGGCUUGCCAUUGUCAGGUGGUCCCAUUCCAGUAAGCACAAUGGCGGCUAAGUCCUCUUCUCUCUACAAGGAGUGACACACAGUCAGGUCAUCUUUUGCCUGUGGCCCCAUUAUGCCUGGCACUGUUCACCAACAACUGUUCCCUGGACAGCACUGCUGCCAUCUAAGCUAAGGUGAGAUGUUUUCAGGGCAGGGCCAUUCUUGCUGAAUUCAGUGCCGCAGUCCAUCCUGAUUGGCUCUCGGGUGAUUUUCAGACAAGACCUGUUUGUCCCGGGGGCUGGUCCUCUAAUGGGUGCCAAGGAGAAGAUACCAAAUACAUGGAGUACCUUUAGGAGUAGCCAUUUGUGGGGGAGGUGGGCUACCCUGUGGCCAUGUCCUUCCUGCCUGUGAAGCAGCUCAACACGAGGAUGUGACUGUGGCUGUGGACAGAGGCAGCACACGCAUUCCUGAUGCUGAUCUGCUGAGACACGAAUAGAAUCUGCAGUGACUCCAGUGUACCAGUGCCUCAGAUCAAAGACCUCAAUAGUGUCACGUUUGCUAAGGCUGAUGCCUCUCCUACAGGUAACAGUGGGGAUGACCGUUGGAAGGCACAGCCAAAGAGCAGACAGAAGUUAAGGUGGCCACAGCACAGGUCAGGGAUCCAAGGAGCUGGGGAGGACUGCUCAAAACUAGUCUGGAAGCUUGCCUUCUCUGCUCCUGCUGACCAUCAGGUCCUGUCAUUACCACUCUCAGGUCCGUCUUAUGAGAUGAGGAAUGGGGCCCUCCUCAGGGGAGAGUUUCAGAAAUGAGGGAAAGGCAAUUAUAGAUAGAAAGAAGUAUCCUGCCAUUUAAAUUGCUGAAAGAGCUAGAAUCCCUGGGCUCGGUAGUUUGUAUCUUAAUGUUUGUGCGCUAGCACAGGCCCAUUGGAGAGGAAAAGCUGUUGUCCUGGGAGCAAAGUAAGCAGCCAUUCAGGUCUCAUUUUUUAUUUUGGUAUGCUUGCCCUUGGGUGUUUAUAGUCCGGAACUGUAGGAGCUAUGUAUGUACAUAAUAUAUAUAUUUUUUAAUUUAUUAAGUUUUAAAAUGUGAUUUUUCAAGAUUAUGAAAAAAUUAAAUAAAUUUGAGCUAGAGAAAUGGCUCAGUGGUUAACUUCGCUUACUGCUCUUCCAGAGGACCCAGGUUCAGUUCCCAGCUUUAAGCCAUCUCUAACUCCAUUGGGGACAGGCUAGGGGAUGGGAUCCUCUACCUUUUUCAGGCCUCUGCAGACACCAGACACACAUAAUGGUGCACAUACAUGUGUUCAGGCAAAACGCUAAUAUACAUAAAAAAUAAAAACAAAUAAAUCUGGUUUUUCAAUCAGAUAAAUUCCCAGAGGAAGUCACUCCACCUGUUACUAGAUAAUUUUGUGCCCUGGGCUGAUGGUACUGUGAUGUUGGGAAGUGUUGCUAGAGGCUGGCAGUGUGGUCUUUCCUGUGUUUGCAAGCCCCCCACUUUUAAAUUCAGUGGGAGUAACUGCAUGUUCCCUCCUGUUAACAGAACAGCUUCUCUCUGCAGUUAGCUCAUAAAACAGCUUCCUUAGAAUAGAAUGGAAACCCACUUUCAAGUUAGGAGGUGAUGAGAACGGAUGCUUGAGAGAUGAAUGUCAGCAGCACAAAGCUGUCCCCUUUGCCUUUCUUUCUCAUUAGCAAGAAGUAGACCCUGGGCUGGCCAGAUGGCUCAACUGCUGAGAGCUCUUGCUGCAUCUCCAGGAGACCCAAGUUCCAUUCCUAACACCCAUGACACAGCCCAUAACCCCUAACUCCAGUUCCAGGAGAUCUAAUGCCCUCUUCUAGUCUCCCUUGGCAUCUGUGCACACAUGGCAUUCACUAACACAGUUACACAUAAAUAAUAAUAUUAAUCGUGAAGCAGACAAGGAAGUACUCAAAAAGUUACAUAAUGUGCGUCAUUCCUGAAUUUUCCCAAUAACUGUCACUUGAAAACAGAGGGAACUGACUUUCUCUCGUAUGUUUAAAGUGACUGUCGUGGUUCAAUCUUGUUGGCCCAAAUCUCCAUCCUAGGCAAAUAUUCCCCAGUCGUUACAGCUGCCCAAUGCUGUUAGUCAUGGCUGCCAUAACUAGAACAUUUAACUCAAGACAACUCCCACAGUUCCACUGUGAGACUGUAAGACUGGGAAUUUAUCUAAUUAAAAAGUCAGUCUUGCUGUUUUACUAUGAAACUUGACAGAAAUGUACCACAGCAACAAAACUAGGAAUCACGGUUGACUUCCUCCCACAUCAAAAACUUCCAGUCCGACUUCUGCUUUAAUAGCAUGUUAGAAGCUCUUGCAUUUCCUUAACCUAGAGAGCCAGCGUUCCUAUGCAGUGGCUCCCCAUUCUGGUCUCAUGGAGGUGCCCCCAUCACCACAACACCCCUCCCCCGUGAUAGCCUUCUUUCCACCUCAGCCUGGGAGCAUUGACCUCAUCCUUCAGCAGGUACAUACACCUCAACUUCCACAUGUGACCUGUAGCUCUGUCAUAAGAAUCAACUUCCCAAGCUCUCCGCAUAGUCCCAGACUUGAGAGUAGCUUAUUGCCACCGGCAAACUCGUAGUCCUUACCCACCUGUUCUUUGGUCAGUUAUGGGGCAUUUUAAUUUACAUAAGUAAUGAUUUUUUUUUUUUGCUGCUAAUAUGAACACCAGUUAUAUUUUUAACCAAAAGAAAAAAAGUAAGGCCUAGAAGGAAGAUAAUGGAUUGAGGACAUUGUCAUUCCCACCCUGAUAGCACUUGGAAAGAGACAUUUCCUCCCUGGUGCCCACUACAGGAAUUGUGGGUGAUUUUUAAGUAACUACUGGACUGCCUAGGAAGAUAUUCCCAGAGUCCGAAAGGAACUAUGCACAUAGAGAAAAUACAGUUUUCUCCUACCUAAGGAAACUAUUAGUAUUCUAUUAGCUUAUAUUUUUAAUAACUAAGCUUAAAACAUAGUUUAUUUUGGAUAUUACUAGAACUUGCAGCAAUUCUAAUAUCUGUCAGGUACUCAUAGAAUCUAUGGGGAAAAAAAAGAUAAGACUGUGUGAUUAGGAAACUUUGUGAGUCAUGGCAUGGCCAGCCAGUGUCACAAAGCAACCCUGUGCUUGGCUAGCUUUAAGCAUUACAGACUUAGUACAUGAAAAGACUUAAUUAUAUUGGGUUCAGGAACUAAAGAGUCAAUGAGUCAUCUGUGGAGGUCAACAAAUAACACACUGGUGGGCUUUUUGUCCUCCGUCAAGCUGGUGACUAUAGUGAAAUGAAGCAGGAAGUGUAGCAUAUUCCCCAGGAUGCUAGUUCCAGACUGAACCAGCAGACUGAAUUCACAGCACGUGUGUGUCAAUUGAACUAGCCUAGUUCAUUAUCACCUCUACUUUCUGGGCAGUUGCCAGGAUGCAGGAGAUGAAGAAAGCUACAAAGCACUGCUCUCUUUGAGAUUCUAGGUUUUCUUUUCUUCUCAUCAUGGUAAUGAGGGGCAGUGAAGCCAGAGGUUUAAAUGAGCAUAGACCCAUGGUGGAUGGGGUAUGUAGCUUAGAUGGAAGACUGCUUGCUUAGAGUGCCCGAAGCCAUGGCUUCCUUCACCACAUAAACUAGGACGGUGGAGUGUGCUUAGAAUCCUAGCAUUUGGGAGGUGGAAGUGGGAAGAUCGGGAGUUAAGGGUCAACCAGGGAUACGUGGGACCCUGUCUUACCAUGUGUGGAAGAAAUGCAGGAAAAAUGUAUUGUUCUCUCCCUGAAUAAUUAUGUCCGUUUACAAUAAAUAAUGGUGGCAGACUAUUUCAUAUUUUCAAACAAGUCUUUAUAAUGCAAUACCUGUUCUUCCUCUGAAAUCCAAAUAAAGACUUUUAAAACUUU